GGUGUUUGAAAGGUUUUCAAGUUGAGAGAUGGUUGGUUUUAAAUGGAAGGGUUUUGGAAGAAAUCCGCCAUUUUCGACCUUGAAAGCAGCGAUAAAGACGGGUCUGUAAUGGCUAUGGAGAAUUAUGCCCUAACCAACCAAAUUCCUCUCAUUAUAACUAUAAACAAACUACGAACAAUCCUACCAACGAAUCAGACCUUUCCGCUUCCAUUUUCUUCCUUCCUUCUUCGCGAUCUCUCCCCUCUCUGUUCUGAAUCCGGGAGAGAUCUAUUUCCUUUUCCUUCCAAUUUCUUCUUCUCCUCCGCCUCCUCUUCCGUCGAUUUUCCCUCUAUCAAUGGGUUGCGGAGAGUCCAAGCUUGCUGUCGCCACCGCCGAUGGCAUCCUUCACCGCAAGAAGUCCAUCGCCGGACGAUCUAAGAGCGGACGCAAAUCUGCUGAUGGAUCGAAGAGCAGCGCCGAUGCGGCUGUGGCUGAUUUGAAGGUUCCGUCUCAGAACAAAAUCGAUGAGGAAAAAGUCGAUAGCGCUGUGAAGAUUGAAUCGGAGAAUAAGAUAGAGCAGCGAGAAGAGAAGAAGAUCGAUGACGACGCUGCGAAGAUUAAAUCGGAGAAGAAGAUCCAUGACGCUGUGAAGAUUGAAUCGGAGAAGAAGAUCGAUGGCGCUGUGAAGAGUGAAUCGGAGGAGAAGAUCGAUAGCGUUGUGGCGGAGGUUCAGAAUGUGGCGACGGAGGGAGGGAAAACAGAGGAGAGAAAGGAGAAGGAGGUCACCGGUGAUAGUGAGAAGAAGGAGAAGGAGGCCACCGGUGAUAGUGAGAAGAAGGAGAAGGAGGGCGGAGAUAAUGGCGGUUCUGUUGAAAAACAGGUCGCCGGAGAAACGAAAGCAGAGAAGGAGAAGGAGAAGGAGGCCGGUGAAAUUGUAGUAGAACAGAAGAUUAAACCUGUUGAAGAAAAACCGUUGACCGGAGAAGUCGAACAGGGAAUUAAACUUGUAGAGGAAAAGCAGUUGGUCGGAGAAACGAAAACAGAGAAGAAGGACGGCGGCGCUGUUGAACAAGCAAACAAACCUGCGGAGGAAAAACAGUUGGCCGAAGAACCCAAAGUAGAGAAGCAAAAUGGAGAGGCAGUGAAAUUGAAAGAAGAAACCCAAGCUAAGAAGGAAGAAGCUGCAGCUCCAAAAGUUGAAGAAACCCAAAGCUCAGCCACUCCAUUAGAGGACAAGAAUGUGAAAGAUCCCAAGGAAAAUGCAGUUGAUUUGGGAGUGAAGGACUCAACAGCAGAGGAAAAGAAAAUAGCACCAAAAAGUGGAAUAGAAGGAAUGCCAGCUAACUGAUAAAUGAUUUUGAGGCCAAAUUGAAAGAUGAUUGGAGAAAAUAGUUAAUAUCUUUCUAUAUAUAAAUCAAUUAAUUGUUAAUGAUGUUGUAAAGAUAACAGAAUGUUGAUCACUUUUAUUGUCUAAAUAAGAACUCUGGUGGUUCAAUAAUAAGUUAAAAUGAUUUAAACUGAC